UGCAGGACAAACCGCAGAGGUCGGCCGCUGGUGUAAGAGAGAGGAAGGUUAGGGGACAGAAGUUUCGAGAUAGUUGUUAUUGUAGACAAUAACGGUUCAGAUAACUGUAUGAAACAACGACAACGGACUUGAACAAAGCUGUUUUCAUAUAAGAUCUGAUAACAGAAGCAGCUGAUUGUGUUGAACACUGCGAAGAGGACAACCAUGCCUGCUCUCUCUGCACCCACUGAUAUCGGCAGCUCACCCCCUUCUCCGGUGGACAGCAGUCCCAGGAGGCUGUCCUGGGGCAAACUGGUGCAAAGAUUGACUGAUUUCAGCACAUCUGCCAGCAGCAGCAGCAGCAUUGAUUCGGGGUCCAACAAUGGCAGCAGGAGUGAUCUCUCAGACUCAGGGUCAGAUGUCUCCUGUGACCUGUCUCCCUCUAAUGAAGACCUGUUUUAUGAUCCAAUGGAGGAGACCAUCCUGAAAGAAGUGGUGGACCUCAUUGCACGAAGCCUGAGAGAAGCCAAAGACUCAGACUGCGCCUUGCGAUGUGCCAAGCUGCUCAUUCCCGAGAAACUUCUUGAGCACAUCGGACAGGAACUCCUUCACCUGGCAGCUAGCGAGCCCUGCGGUUUAAGAGGGGCUCUCAUUGACCUUUGCGUGGAGCAAGGGGCCGCCUGUGAGAGCAUGGCGCAGCUAUCGGCGGACCCCUACCUUGUACCCACCUUUCAGCUGACUCUGGUGUUGAGGCUGGAGUCUGGUGGGCUGUGGCCUAAAAUCCAAGGACUUUUUAGCACAAAGUCUCCUUCCACUCCAGUAGUGAGACAGGCCAUUAAACUUAGCACUGGUUUCCGUGUGAUCAAGAAAAAACUGUAUUGUUCUGAAGAACUGCUAAUUGAGGAAUGUUGAGAAAUGUAAGGGACUGUCAAUGUUUUAUUAUCUGCAUUUUUUUAAAUGCCAAGUGGAGCUCACAAAAGGGCCAUAGUCCUAUAACUACAUGUGUAUGAUGCCUUCUGAAGUGUAAGGAUGGACUUUGACAUGAUGUAGCCUGUUGUUCCCACUGUAAGGGAGCUGAAGUUAAUGGUACCUGGAGCAGGUGUCGCUCCUCACUGGUGGUCAGAUUUUCAAAUUACAAUAUGUAACCAUCGUGAUAUAUAUCUGGUAAACAGGCAUUUUGCGACUACUAAGUGCGUACCUCAGUUUCUAUUGAAACUACACAACGGCAGCUAGCUGUAUGGUUAUAGUCAUUGAAGACAUUUUCUUUCUUUUUAUACAUGGCAAUUAAUUGCAAUGCACACCAAGUGAUGAAUUGUACACCAUGCAAACAUUUAGGGACCUUAGUGACUGCUUUAUUUCAAUUGCAAAGGCCUACCACUGCUUGCCAUGCGCAGUUAAUGUGCAAGCUGCAGCUACCAUUUCAAUUGUAACUUGGUCUUGUAUCUGUGUAGACCUGUCCUGCUUUCAACUUUAUUUAUUUGACAUUCAAAUACUCAUACCAUUGCACUGUUUUUGUACUUUCAUGAUUGCAAAUAAAUUAUUUUUUUUAACAGUU